CUGAGCCGAAGUCGGACACCCAACCGACUGAGCCACCCAGGCGCCCCACAGAACAGAGCUAUUUUACAAGCUCCAUGGGAUAUAUAGUUCUCCACUGUAAACCUUUGCCUGUCCUAAUCACUGACUUCAUCGGCAGACAUAGUUCUGAAGGACUUUCGACUGUUUCCAGAAAUUAGAUACGUCUUCCUUACCAUGUUCAAGAUUUUGCACAAGAAUGUGCCCUAGGUUGUUGCUGAGGCACUGGCUGAGAAUACCGGGUACUGUGGCAGGCGAGGAGGGUGCCAGGAAAGGAUGACGGAGUUCCUGAGUCAGCCUUCUCCAUGACAGUUGUUUCGGUGUGUGGCCCUUCCUGUGGACCAGGAGGCUCCUGUGACCUUUGAUGACAUCACUGUAUACUUGCUUCAGGGGGAAUGGAUGCUGCUGAGUCAGCAACAGAAGGAGAUCUGUGGUUCCGACAAGUGGUGGCACCACUAGGACCAAACUAUGCCAACCCAGAACUGUUCUACAAGUUUGAGCGAGGGCCAGAGCCAUGGGUGGGCAGUGCCCAGGGCCAGAGGAAUGUCCUGAGCCACCAUCCAGGGAAAAACCAGAUGGGCUGCGUGGAAGAAGGGGACGGGCGGAGUCCGGCCGCAGAAGCCGGACCGUACCUGCCGCCUCAGAAGAAAGCCUGUCUUUCCCACUUCAGCACGGAGCCUGGCAACACUGAGGGAGACUGUACAGGAAGAAGCAAAAAACCCUUGAAACCCCGGUCUAUCCAGAAGUCUUGGUUUGUGCAGUUCCCGUGGUUGGUCAUGAACGAGGAGCAGACGGCUCUCUUCUGCUCUGCCUGCCGAGAAUACCCGUCUGUCAGGGACAAACGGUCAAGAUUAAUCGAAGGUUACACAGGACCAUUCAAGGUAGAGACGCUCAAAUACCACGCCAAGAGCAAAGCUCACCUGUUCUGCGUCAAUGCCUUGGCAGCACGGGACCCCAUCUGGGCAGCCCGUCUCCAGAGCAUCCGAGAUGAAUCCGGAGAUGUUCUGGCCAGCCCGGAGCACCUCUUCACGGCAGAUUAUCCCAUAUUGUACCCCCCAGGGCCUCUGGGAGCCUAUGAGAACAUGGCCCAGCUCCUGCCCGGCUCCAGAGCUGAACUGGAGGACCCGAGAGAGGAUGGAACAAUUCCUGCAUUGUAUCUCGACUGCAUUUCUGAAUUGAGGCAAAAGAAAUUGCUGAUGGUAUCUACAGCGCCUCAAAUGUUAACAUUUUGUGUAAUGACGCUGCCGAACCCUGCGGCCAGGAUCCUUCUGAAGAGGGGCUGUUUGAGGAGGUUCCUGUGGUGUUUGAGGAGCUCCCGGUGGUGUUUGAGGAUGUGGCGGUGUAUUUCACCCGGGAGGAGUGGGGCAUGCUAGUCAAGCGGCAGAAGGAGCUGUACAGAGACGUGAUGCGGAUGAAUUAUGAGCUGUUGGCUUCCCUGGGGCCUGCGGCUGCCAAACCAGACUUGAUCUUGAAGCUGGAACGUCGGGCUGCGCCCUGGAUCAAGGACCCAAACGGGCCCAAGUGGGGGAAAGGUCGUCCUCCUGGGAAGAAGAAAAUGGUGGCCGGAAGAGAGGCAGAUGCACAGGCCUUGGCUGUAGAAUCCACAGUGCUUCCGGCCCCUUCAGUGGAGACCCGUAGUUCCCACGGUAAUCCCAGCCUUUGUGAGGUUGAAGUAGAUGGACCCAGGAAAAUCAAGAGGACUUACCGACCCCGUUCAAUCCAGAGGUCAUGGUUUGGGCAGUUCCCGUGGUUAGUAAUCGACCCCAAAGAGACCAAGCUCUUCUGUUCAGCUUGCAAAGAAAGACCUAGUCUCCACGACAAAUCAUCCCGGUUAGUCCGCGGCUACACGGGGCCUUUUAAAGUGGAGACUUUGAAAUACCACGAGGUCAGCAAAGCACACAAGCUGUGUGUCAACACCGUGGAAGUCAAGGAAGACACCCCUCAGGCUGCCCCGGUCCCAGAGAUCUCCAGUGACCUGAUGGCAAACAUGGAGCACUUUUUCAACGCUGCCUACUCCAUCGCGUAUCACUCGAGGCCCCUGAAUGACUUUGAGAAGAUCCUGCAACUCCUCCAAAGCACCGGGACCAUGAUCUUGGGCAAGUACCGCAAUCGCACCGCGUGCACGCAGUUCAUCAAAUACAUCUCUGAGACUCUCAAGAAGGAGAUCCUCGAGGAUGUCCGGAGCUCCCCUUGUGUGAGCGUGUUGUUGGACAGCUCCACAGACGCCUCUGACCAGUCCUGCGUGGGGAUUUAUAUCCGCUACUUUAAGGGCAUGGAGGUGAAAGAGUCGUACAUUACUUUGGCCCCUCUCUACAGUGAGACGGUGGACGGAUACUUUGAGACCAUCAUCUCUGCCCUGGGAUGAACUGGACAUCCCCUUC